GAGGUUAAUGAGGUUAUGACUGUGUGUUGGGGUGUUUGGCGGUUUUAUCUGUUUUUAACUUUAGAACUAAACAAAUUUCUUUGUUUGGCGGUCGUUUUCCAAAUAACACCAAAUAUUAUAUCAAUUUUACAUUUUUUCAUUUCCAUUUGUUUUUAAUUUGUUUAAUUAUUGUUUAAAAAACUGUUCGUUAGAACACCAUAAUAUUUAAUUACCCAAAACUUUGUUUUAGCAAGAAAUUAUGAAUUCAUGUACUCCAUCAAUUUCAACAAACCCUGAAGAAGCUCUCUGCCAUAUUUGCAGCAAAAUAUUUAAAACUCGGUCUUCACUAAAUCGUCAUAUCAAAAAAAUACAUAAAAUAGAUGAGCCGACUAACAAUAUGAAUCAAAAUCACAUUAUUUGUCCCUUAUGUGAGCAAGAUACUAAUUUUAAUAGUCAUGAGAAGUUACGAAAACAUCUCCAGGACCUUCACCAAGUGAGUAUUGAACUUAUAACAUUUGAAUUUUCUAGCAAACAAGAAUAUGAGACAUGGAAAGAUAUGCAGAAAAUUGAGACAAGUUAUGUAUCUCAUAGAACAAUUCGUAGAAAGGAACAUAAGAUAAUGUACUAUGAUUGUAACAGAAGUGACCUACAAGGAUAUAAACCCAACUAUAAAAUUAGGACAGAGAAAGCUGGUGGAUCAAUUAAAAUUAAAGGAGUGUGCCCUUCCAGGCUUAUUUGCAAACUGAGAGACCAAGGACAAGUUUCCGUCAGUUAUUGGAAAACACAUGCUGGACAUAAAGAAGAAUUAAGAACCAUGCAUCUGUCAAAAGCAGAAGAAAAAAUGGUUGUAGAAAAAUUGAUAGCUGGGGUGCCACCCAGUAGAAUUUUAAAAGAUUCAAGAAAGUUGGAAACACCACAACUAGAUAGACUUGCUGUAAUAACAACUCAAGAUCUCACAAAUUUGUCCACAAAGUAUAAUAUACACAAGAAAAGAGAUCAAAAUGAUAUGGUAGCAGCAGCCUUAAAGGUUCAGGAAUGGAAUGCCAACAACAAGAAUUAUGCUUUCUUAUUCAAGAAAGAAGGAGAAGAGCAUGAUGUAUUGAGAAAAGAAGAUUUUGCAGUAGGAUUUAUGAAUGCGGUGAUGGAAGAGAAACUACGACAAUUCCCGAACAUAAUUUGUAUAGAUGGGACACAUGGGACAAAUCAGAAAGGACUGGAUUUGACGAUUAUGCUAGUGAAAGACGAAAGAAAUGCUGGAUUUUCUGUUGCGUUCCUGCUAUCAAACAGACUGGACCAGCAAAUUCAAGAAGUUUUUUUAGAUGCCCUCAAGAAUAAGAUGCAGACAGAAGUUAAUGCGGAAUAUUUCAUGAGUGAUGAUGAUCCUAAAUAUUAUAAUGCAUGGGAGAAGAUAAUGAGACAACAACCAAGGAGACUAUUAUGUACGUGGCAUGUGGUGAAGAACUGGAACAUUAGAGGAAAGAAAAAAUUACAGGAUCCAACUUUGAAGGCGCAAAUGAAAAAUGAACUCAGGCAGAUUAUGCGAGAACCAGAUGAAGAUAAAUUUAAAGAACUAUGCGACAAAUAUGUAUCCAAACUAGAAGAGGCAAAUGAGAUCAAAUUUGUCGCUUAUCUGAAAAAGCGUUACUUGGCUGAAGACAGAAUACAAAUGUGGCCCUAUUGUUACAGAAAAAAUUCUGGGAUUAAUACCAACAUGGCAAUUGAAUCACUCAACAAUCUACUAAAGACGAAUUACCUAAAGAGAAAUGCAGCAGUGAGGAUUGAAAAGCUAUUGGAUACAAUGGAUGAGCUAGUUGAAGCCAAAAUGUGGACGAGGAUAGUGGAUAUAAUACGACCAAGCGCAAAUAAUUAUCAAGACAGGCUUUCAAUAACAGCACACAAACGGGCAGCAUCGAUGAAAGACAAACUAGAAGAACUGGUUAAGGAGACUGCAUAUGGCUAUUAUGAGGUAAAAUCCUUUAAAGGUAUGAAUAUAUUACGUUAUGUAAAUUUUAGACAAGUGUGUGAGAGUGAGUGUAAGACAUUGUUUUGUAGAGUGUGUAAGAUUUGUAUUCACCGUUAUUGGUGUAGUUGUGAUGACUAUGUGGUGAGGAAUACCUUGUGUCAGCAUGUGCACUUGGUAAGAAUGUAUGAGGAGCGUUUGGGCACUAACUCUGUUGUAGAUGAUGCUGCAAGGUGUUUAGAAGAAAUGUCAACUAUCAAAUAAAGGCAUGAGGAGGAAAUUAAUGAAUUUGUCAGAGGGAAGCUAGAACAGACAAAUGUGACCCAGGAAAAAACCAAACGCAGUCUUCAACAGGAAUACCUCAUUAAUGUGUUGAACGGAUUAGAUGACCAAGGUUUUGCCGAAUAUAUGAGAAAAACUCAAGGAAUUCUGGAAGAAGUUAAUAAUAAGGGAAAGAACAUUACGAAGAAGCGAAAAAUGGAGACUCAAGAGUAUUGUCCUUCAAAAAAAAAGAACUGAUUAAACAUUUUUUAUUAACAAUUUUUGUAGCUCACAUGCAUUUUUGCGUUGUACCUGUAUUUAUUUUUUAUUAUAGUUUUAUAGACUUAUUUACAAGAACAUUACUUAAUUUAACAUUAUAAAUUUUACUUAAUUAGUAAUAAAUAUAGUGAAAUUUCUUAUGAGAUUAUAUAAAUACAGUGUGUCCACAGAUGGGGUGCCCAAGAGGAAAAACAUUUUUAUUUUCAAUUUUAGCGAAAAAUGUCAUUCUUUUUUAAAAGUUUUGCUUGUUCUAAAACCCCAUAAAACGAAAUAAAUUUCAAGUUUUUCAAAACCUGCUUAAUUUUGUGUAAAUCCCUAUAAAUUUUUGCACUAAGUUCGAAAUCUUAACAAUAAUCUAGUGUUGCUAAGCUACAAUGUAGCUGAAUAACUGUCAACUCCGAUAAAUAAUUUGCGAAUUGUCAUUCUUUUUCGAUGAGAUAACGUUAACCAUCCAACAAAGAAUUUAUAGAUAUUGUAAUGUGUUAUGGAAUUGGAGCUGUUUCGUACCGACAUGCGAUUGAAAUUUUCAAUGAAAAAUAUCGAGAUGUACUCGUUACACGGAAUGGAUUGAAGAAAGUGAUAAAGAAAUUCAAUGAGACGGGAUCUGUUGGAAACAGAAAAAGAUCGAAAACAACAUAUAAUGAGGAUGAUGACACAGCUACUGCCCUAGCUAUGUAGUCAGUAAGGGAAAAUCCAAAGUUAAGUAUACGAAAAGAGUCACAAAGAGUAAAAAAAGUCACAGAAAAUAUUCGAGCAAAACAACAUUAAUUCCUUUAAACCAAAAUUUAUUCACACCUUACAAUAUUGUGAUUAUGACAUGAGGCUUGACUUUUGUGCAAUCAUUGGUGAAAAACUUAUACCACUACCCGCUUCUUUCACUA